AUGUCGGCCCCCUCUGCCUCUGUGGACGCACAGGUCUCUGAGCUACGCAACGUGCUCUCCGAGUGGCAGCAGUCGGCAGCGCGUGGCGCAGCGGCCCGGUACUCGGCAGCCGGCGGCUCAGGCGGCCCGCCCUACCGCCCGCCACCAACAAGCGGAACAGGCGGCCAGCCGUGGUCGGCGGCGAGGGGGGGUGGAGGUGGUGGUGCGGCGACGGCCCGAGCCGAGGCGGUGGUGACAGCGGUCAGCCGGCAGUCCGACUCGACGAACAACACGACGACGAACGAAUUGGCGGUGACAGAGAGCGCGAGCGGGGGAGGCGACGGCGAGGGGCUGACCUUUGCCGCUCGACCGAUGGGCGUGACGGAGCGACGGGCGAUGCAGGAGGCUGUGGCAGAGGCGCAGGGCGAGGCUGCGCGGGCAUGGGCCGAGUGCGGGGCGCGGAUGGCGGCGGUGGGGGAGGCUGGCGCGGUGUUUGAGACGUUUGUGGGCAAGGUGGCCGGGCUGGUGGGCGUGGAUGCUGCCGCCGGGCCGGACGCGGUGCUCGAGGCGCUGCGGGCUGCCAUGCGGACGCGGUCUCGGGCGCAUGCGCACGCGCUGGCGGCGUCGCGAGCAGAGAGCCUCGCGUCGUCGCACUCGGCACUGGAGCACGUGCUCGCUGCCGAGCGCGCCCAGUUUGCCACCGAGACGCAGCGUCUGGUCGACGAGUGGGGCGCGCUGGUGGCGGGCUACGAGGCGCGCGAGGCCGAGACGGUGGCGGCACUCGAGGUGGCGCAGCGCAGCUUGUCAGAGGUGCAAGAGCGGUACACUCGCCUGGCGGCGAGUCAUGCCCAGGCGCAAGCCGACGCUGACGCCGCCCGACAGGCGCUGGUGGCCGCGAGCGGCGAGCUCGACGCGGCGGCUGCGCGCUCUGCCGCCAACCACCGCGCGCUGGUGGAGCAAUCGGCGCGAGCCGAGAUGCAUAUGCAGGCGCGGCUGGAUGAGGCGGAGGCGGCGCUGGCCGAGGCGCACGGCGACCGCGAUGACGCCCAGGGCGCGGUGGCUGCGCUCAACCGCAGCCUUCACGCGGCGCACGAGGCGUUGGCGGCGGCGGCGGCGCGCGACGAGGCACUGACGGGCCAGGCGCGCGAGUUCUCGGCGCAGGCGUCGCGGGCGGCGGCGGGACGGGAGGCUGCCGAGGCUCGGGCGGCGAGCGCGGCGAGCGCAGCGGACGCGCCUGGUUAA